GAUGAUUCAGACAAGCAAUCCCAGUCGCAGCAGCUGACAAGAUCCAGCCAAAACAGUUCGUGUCAGUCGGCUUCAAAGUUGCUCGGGAGAUGAGAUGAAUGCGCACAGAUCAGCAGGAGAUAGUGACUGAGUUGAGGCUUGAUUCGCCUCUCUUUCAGGCCCAGACAAGCGACGCGAUGAAUUGGCUGCUUCAGACCGAGCCGGGCGCCGUGUGCCGCGUCUGCCACUCAUGUGAUGCCACUGUUGAGAGCGGCAUACUCAUUGCUCCGUGCGGCUGCAAGGGCACUCUCAGAUGGGUGCAUACGAGCUGCCUGGGAAACUGGAGAAAGCCCGCUGGUGGAACAGGUGGGCGUCUAAAGAUGGACCUGCAAGUGGACAUUUCAACUCGCAUGGCUGGUCUUGUUGUGUGUGCAGCCAGGUUGAAGCCGACGUGUGACGUCUGUCUGAAGUACUAAGCUACAGAAGGAGAAGGGCUGGAUAUCUGAUGUGCAUUGCCUUGUGUCUGUCGGUUCAGGGAUUAUGACGCCGGGCCGCGUGGUCCGUUCUGUCUGCCGGUCGGCCUCAUCCCAGACGCCCUCUUCGCUCUCGCGUACAGUCUGCUGGCCUGUCUGCCGCCGCUGCUGGCAAUCAUGCACAGCUGCGACAGAAGCAACAUACUGACCCGGGCGCUCCGGCUCUACCGCAUGAUCCCCCUGGUCAUCGUGGUCGGUCUGACUGUUUCCGCCUUUGAUUGGCUGGCGGGGCGACAACAUGCGGACGGCUCUUCGCUGAGAUGUGGUCUGCGGAUGGCUAUCGGGCUGAUUGUGACGGCUGCUGGGGCGCUGCGUAUGAUGGGCAGUGACAUCUGGACAUUUGAAGCGGGGGGAUUCCGGUCAUGCGACAAUGGGGCGCGUUCCUUCCGCAGAGCGCUGGGAGAUUGUUUUGUGUUACUCAUGGUGUCGCUCGCCUUGCUGCCUUAUAGUCUUUUGAAAGGGGACAAGGUGCACCAGGCCACACGAGAGGCGCUGUUGCGGUUUCGGCAACGACAUGCUAUUGAUUCUGAUGGACUCUUUAUGGGCAUGGUGUCGCUUUACAUGCGAGAGGGGUCCUACUAUCUCAUGAUCGCGGUGUGGUCGCUGACCCCUCUGGUGAUUUGCGCCAGGUUGUGGAGCCGAAACAGCCUGCCAUUCAUCCCACUCUACUUGAUUGUCGCGCUGCUGGGCGCCAUCUCUGUGUGGAAGCGGCGGGCGAUUGACCAGCUGAUGGAGGAGGGUGGACUGUAUUCAUCUUCUUUGGCUUUCUGUAUCGUUGGCGUGGUCUUAAGCGUCAUCCUUCGUAUGGCGUCGUUUGCCAUGCGCCGGUCCUGGUGGAUGUUUGAGGCACUGGGGGAGUAUGAUCUGCUUGGCUUCCUAGUGGUGGGGCUCCCCAUUGCAACAAUCAUCGGCUGCAGCAUUUCCGGGCCCCUUGAAAGGUGGGAUCUGCUGCAGCGAGUGCGUCUGGUACUGCCCCUGCCUUGUCUUGCCCUCUGUGUGUGUGUGUGUGUGUGUGUGUAUGUGAUGUGUGCAGCCUGCGAGCCGCCGUCGUGCGAUUGUCCGACGACCAUCUGCGUGCGGGCGGAUAGGAUUAUCGUACAAUCGAUUCGUAUUUGACCUCGUGUUGCGUGCAUCGUGUGGCUGCCUGGCUGUUCGGCCGUAUGGGAAUCGAAAGUGUGGUGGGAGAGGAGCGUCCUAGCAUUUUCGGCCGGGAACAUAUGACUCGGGUUGGGCUCCCUUGGCUGUGGUGGUG